AUGGCUGCGCAAGAAACCGAAAGCCUUGGCUCCAAGGGCUGGCGUGUGAGACUUGCCAUGUCGAGACUUGCUGGAGAACCACUGGCGUUGGUGCUUCGCUGCCACAAGCAGACCUCUUUAAACGCUCUUCCAGCAAAGGACGCAUUGAGGCUUCUUGCAGAGCCUUGCCGCGUCGCGUCAGAAUUGCUGGCGCAGCUAGGGCCGGCUCUGCAAGAACUGUCGCGAUACGUUUAUCACCGCGACGUGAACCCGCGAAACAUCUUAGUGGAUCAUGUCAACUCUCCAGGACAGACCACCUUCGGAUUGGUGGAUUUCGGCAUGGCUGUUGACACCCAGAAGUGGCUAGGGCCGCUAGGGGGGUCCAAGGAGGAUGGAGCGUGGAGACAUGUGGAGGUUGGCGGAGACUGCCGCUACUGGCCACUAUCAUCGUGGGUAAUGUUCAUGCGCGGGCCGCAGGACCUGCACCCAGGCUCUCCCUUGCGAGCUGAAUACCAGACAGGUCUAGACCUGCAUGCACUCGGCAUCACGGCUUUGCAGGUACUUAUGGAAAUGUCGCCCCUGCUUCCCGUUGAAACGAUGGGUUCGGCAGAGCAUCGCCGCUUGCUGUGCACCUAUCGGAAUUUGCAGAAUGCAUGGUUUCGCUAUUGGGAGGAUGUCUCUACGUUCUGGGGAUCGUUGAUGAAGUGCUUCUCGAGCGGCGGCAACUGGAUGAUUUUGAAGGCUUCAUGCAUAGAGACCGGCCUAGACAAAGUUCUGAGCGGCCGGCUUGCUGACCUCAGAGGCACACUGGAAGAGAUGGGACUUGCAGCGACGCACCUUUCUGAAGGCAAGGGCGGCCAACAGAUGGAGGUUCUUGUUCGAACUCUACUGACUCUUCUCAGCAAUGCGGAUGAAGAGCACGGCAGGGAGCGACCGUCGGAGUUGCCAAAGCAGCAACCCCGUGUUUCGCAGCCCUGUGCGUAUGGGCAGCAUGGGCAGCGCGCCUCGCAGCCGCAGGCCCCAGAGCACGCGCAAACGCAGCCACAAACGCAGCAAACGCAUGCAAUGCAGUCACAGCAGUCACAGCAGUCACAGCUGCAGCACGUCCCCAGCGUCCACAGCGCACAUCAGUGCAAGCCGCCCCACGUGCAACCCCAACCUCUGCUGCAGCAAAUUUACCAACAAGCGCAGCAGAGACAGCGACAGUGGCAGGCUUGCAGUCAGCACGAGCGUAUCAUCCAGGAGCCAUACCAAAGCAUGCUCAGUGACAGGCACAAGCCGCCAGGUUUCGAGGACGUAAAACUGGCAGAUACGCGCACACCAAGGUCCUCAUUGACGAAUACUGGUUCAUCUCUGACUGUUCGUUGCACUGGGCCGCUUCUGGACACCUCUACACCUUGCGCUUGUGCUGGCACUUGGUCAUCAUCCGUGCUGCGGCAGCGAUCUGCAUCUCCUCUUCUGAGAAGGCCUUGCAGAUCAGGAGCUCAGUCACCGUCGCAAUACCAGGGGCCAAUCUGGACAAAGCUCGCAGCGCAGGAAUGCAUACGACUCACCUCCACUGGCUAUAUGUGUUCCACUGCAACUACACCCGGCAAUAUGCAGCGCGAUGUGGGUCUGGCAGGAAUAAACAUGCCUAAUCAUGGAGGUUCUUGGGCCACGCCCGGUAGAUCAAAUCCCGGGCCAUGUUACUCUGGCGAAGUCCUGUUCAAGGGUGCUUGA